AUGACUGAAAAAAUCUAUGUUCCGGUUGAUCCUUUAUCAAAUAAACCUGUCGAAUUGUGGCGAAGGUAUCUAAGGCAAGGCCGCGUUUGUGAACCAGCUAAAACGCUCAGAUUGAACACACCUGUGUAUGAGGAUAAGAUUCGUUUCGUUUGUAUAUCAGAUACACACGAAAAACUCGAAGAGGUUCUACCAAUCAUCCCAGACGGUGAUGUGCUCAUUCAUGCGGGUGAUUUCACUGAUCAUGGUGAUAUCGGCGAGGUGAUCAAGUUCAACGCUGAAAUAGGAAGAUUACCGCACAAAUAUAAGUUGGUUAUUGCUGGAAAUCACGAGAUUGGUUUCGAAGAUGGUGAAGAGAUGAAUGACAGGCAGUUGGCUGGCUUGAGUAUGCUUGGCAUUAAUAAGGCCUAUGAGAUGCUCAGCAACUGUAUCUAUUUAUGUGAUCGACAGAUUGAGUUAUUUGGACUGAAAAUCUACGGCACACCGUGGCAUUCCAUGCCUGGCUAUUCGUUCUAUCGUUCGCGCGGCCAAUCGAUCAUGAACAAGUGGAACAUGAUCCCGUCGGAUGUUGAUGUUCUUAUUACGCAUACACCGCCGCUAGGUCAUGGUGAUUUCAACAAUUUGAAUAAAUGUGGCGGGGUGUUGGCUGGCUGUGCAGAUUUGUUGAAUACGGUCGAGAAACGCAUAAAUCCAAAAUAUCACAUCUUUGGACACAUUCAUCAGAUGCAUGGCGCCACAACGAACGGUAAAACGACGUUCAUCAAUGCAUCGAUUUGUGAUCAUAAAAUGCGAAGUGAAUAUGAUCCGAUCAUUUUCGAUAUUCCCUUACCGGAUGGCUACACCAAAGUCAACGACGAUGAUUGA